GCCGAAGGCGCCAUGUAUUUAAUUAAAGUAGCAGACGACGUGCAGAGGCAACGUGUCAGCGAGCGUGGUGAGACCAGGUGAGACUAGCGAGUGAAUUUUUCUUGGCGAAUAUGCAGCUGGUAUUUCGCGAAAGCUACGGGGACGAGAGGGACACAAUUUACGUCAAGUCCGAAGAUGGUUUCAGCGCGAACGAAGCGAGACCCGGCCCCGCCGUGAAGCAAACUCGUUCCCGGAUCGCGUCCGUCUUCAAACAGAUAUUCCUGCCGCAAGGGUAUCCGGACAGCGUGCAUCCUGACUACACGGCGUAUCAGAUAUGGGACACGGUGCAGGCGUUUGCGAGUACUAUAACGAGCACGCUGACGACUCAUUCCAUAAUGAAAGGGAUAGGAGUCGGUGAGUCGAGUGCUACGCCCUUGGCAGCAGCGAUAACGUGGAUCCUGAAGAGCGGCACUGGGAUGAUUGGCAGCAUAAUGUUCGCAUGGUGGAAUGGAACUGAAUUGGAUGGGCAGUGCAAAAAGUGGAGACUAUUCGCCGAUGUCUUAGACGACGUAGCCAAAGGGAUAGAGUUACUUGUGCCGUACUUUUCCUCGUACUCUGUCUCGAUUCUGUGUAUCUCGACGACUAUGAAGUCUAUCGUCGGUGUUGCCGGUGGAGCUACGAGAACGGCAAUGAUUCAUCACCAGGCGGUACAGAAUAACGUGGCAGAUGUCUCCGCGAAAGACGGGAGUCAGGAGACCUGUGUAAAUCUAAUCGCGUCUUUCUUUGGAAUCUUCAUAUUGUCCUUAUUCCACGAUGGACAAUAUUUAUUAGAAUUGUAUCUCUUCCUGGUGGCAGUCCAUCUGUAUGCAAAUUAUUCGGCGGUUAAAGCAUUAUGUUUAGACACGCUCAAUGAAGAUCGUCUGGCUAUAAUCGUGCAAAAUUACAUGAUGAACGAGCGAAUUGCCGGUCCACGUAAAGUGAAUAAAGAGGAAUCGGUAUUUCUGCUCAAAAAUCCUACCAGAAGCGUGCAUGGUUUUGAUAUAAGAAUUGGUGUAUCCUUCGCGAGCAUCUUGAAAAGAAAUAUAAUUUCACCCGUGGAAACGGAAGUUUUAUUAAAGUUCUUUGAAAAGAGAAAGUAUAUAAUAACGAUAGACAUGGAACGAAGGAAUAUAUUCAUCACCCUCAAAAGAAAUGUACAACCGACUGAAAUACUGGAAGCAUACUUUUACGCUUCCGUGUGUGCUUUCUAUCUGUGUAUAGCACAAAAAAUACCGAUAGACGUGCUAUUGAAACCUGAAACGUCUGAAAUAUCAUACCUACUGCUGAGAACGUACAUUCUGCACAAGAGGCUUACGAAUUCAGGUAGUGAUGUACAACUGUCGAUUGUAGCUAUCCGUGCUGUAGACGUAAUCGUUGACGAUGAGUACAAAGCUUUUCUUAGCAAUUUAGAAGUAAAUGGAUGGAAAACGGAAACAAAUCUGCUAGCAGUUGGCGCAUGGAGAUUUGAUUAUCAUACAAUCGGUGAACCGCUAGAAAUCAAUCGCUGAGAAACGAUUACGCUUAUAAUUGCUAAGUGUUCUUUAUUAAAAUAAUUUUUUCUACUUGACCAUAAUUAAAAAUCAAUAAUAGUAAUAUAUGAGAAUAAAACCACCUUGGAAAAUGC